AGCAGUCUGAUUAUUAUUUUUGGUGCCUUUUGUUAGAGGCACGCGCUUGCUAGGCUUCCGCCCUGGCUCCUCCGGCUAGAUUUGUUGUGCCUGGUCCUGCCACGCUCGCUGCGAUCGAGAAAGAGCGCGCGGAAAACAAAGCGCGUGAAGACAGUGAAAGGCUCGCGCAGUCACCGGCCCCAGGCUCCACCCCAACGCCCUCGCGCCUUACACCCAAUCGCCUACUCAGGACCUCCCUGUCCGCGGACUCACCCACCUCCCUGAAGAAGAGCCUCGACCUCUUCCGCCCCAGCCCGCCGCGACACUCUCCUUCGCGCUCGCUUUCCUCUCGGCCGUCGCCAGUGCUUGCGCGGUCCAGCUCGCAUGACCCUUCGCCCAAGCUCUUCCGCAGACAGACCUCGCGCGAGCUCAGACCGGAGUACCAGCGCGCCAGCAUGAGCUUCGCUUUCAACCAGAGCGGCUCUGCGCCGGCUGCCAGCGUCGGCGCAGAUGUUCCUGCCAUUCUCGCAGAGGAGUUGUCGUUCAAGGCGCUCAGCCAGGGCGCAGAAGGCCCCAAGAAGCUCAAGAUCCUCGCCAACCCAUGGCCCACCGACAACGUGCCGCCCGCAUGCGUGACCCUCCUCUCCGUCGCGGCGAAACCUGGUCUUCUUGCAGCUGCCGGCCCCGACACCCUCGUCCUGGCUUCUACAGAGAAGGUCAGGCACGCGUUCCAGGAGAAGGCCGGCGAGUGGGACGUCAUCUCCGACUUUGCGCCCGACGCGACAAUGCCAGUUCCCAAGCUGCGCCAUGUCGCUUUCUCUGCUGAAGGAGACUUCCUCGUCAUAUCGGCUGAGGACGGGGGAGGAGUGGCUGUGUUCGACCCCGCACAGAUCUUGAAGCAGAACUUCAAGCCCGGCAAUGAGAUCGCUACAGACAAGCAGCCCGUGCGUUCGUUGCUGCCCAAUCCCACCCCAAAACUGGAACACAUCUUCGCGGCCGUCCUGGACAACGGGAAGCUCUGCCUGAUAGAUGUCGUCAACGGCGUUUCGCACACUAUCAGGGAAGAGGGGGUUGUGUGUGCGUCUUGGAGCACAAAAGGCAAAGCUCUAGCAGUCGGUCUGAAGGAUGGCACUGGAAUGCUGUACUUGAACGACGGGACCCAGAAGGGCGUUAUUCCACGCCCACCUGGCAUCAACGAGGGGUUCACAUACUCUGGCCUUGUCUGGCUCGCCAACGAAGAGUUCUUCAUCGUACACUUUCCAAAACAAUCCGCGAUCGAUACAGGAGAGCCAGAGGAGGGCAGGUAUCACUACGUCAGGAGCCAUGAGAGCUGGACCUCGUUCACGUUCCACCCGACGCCGGAAGAGCCAAUUCUUCCUGCCUGGGAGAUCCCAACACGAGCGUUUCCCCCUCGCCUGUCUGUCACACGGCUGCGCGAAUGGGAGCCGGACCUAAACGACCUCCUUAUCCUCACCAACUCGCAUUCGGACACGAUUGUGACUGUCACAUCUGCAAGCAGGGAGCUGUCGCGAGGCCAGCCAGUCAAGGAGUACACCCUGACUGACCUCAACGAGGGCCAAGGGGCGCAAGUUCCGCGCAGAGUGUUCGGCGAGGAGGGUGACAGUGUUCUGAUUGGUGAGGGGUUGGAUCUAUCUACCACGGAGAAGCUUCUGCGUCCCAUCUCCUCAAAUGAAGAGAUUACCGAAGCUCCUCAUCCUCUGCCUGCGUACAUGUUCCUUACCCACCAAGGCAUCUUGUCGGCAUAUUGGGUGGUCUGGAACCGUUCCAUCGUGGAAGGCAAGCGCUACCCUGGCCUGGUCACUCCGAACAACUUGUCAUCGACACCAGACACAGCUGCCGCUGCUCCGAAGACAACGUCGCCUUCGAAAAUCCCCACACCAGGAGGUGCAAGCAACCUCUUCGGCAAGCCCGCAGCGGCGACGUUUGAAGCGCCUUCCACACCUUCCGGCCCCAAGUUUGGAGCCUCUCCAUUUGGAUCCACAACACCAGCCGCCUCCUUUGGAAAACCAGCGUUCGGGUCCACUACUCCAGCUGCAGCCUUUGGCCAACCUUCACAGCCAGCGAGCGCUAUGCCGUUCGGUCAGCCGGCAAAGCCUGCCUUUGGCGCUCCUUCUGCGAUGGGAUCUUCGAGUCCAUUCAGCCAGCCUGCGGGUUCCACAACCCCUGCGUUUGGCCAAACGUCGAAGCCUUCCUUAGGCGCCACAACAGGCUCCACACAACCAGCGUUUGGACAAACGUCAAAGCCAGCUUUCGGUACUCCCUCUGCACCGGGUGCACCUGCCUUUGGAGCAACUGGCGGACUUGGCAAAGCAUCGCCGUGGGGCUCAGCAUCACCGCAGGCAUCUCAGACACCAGCAAGCAACCCAUUCGCCUCCGGAGGUGGUUCCUCUGGAUUUGCCAAGUUUGGGCAGCCAACUCCUGGAGCAGGAUCUGGUUUCUCCAGCUUUGGCAGCACGAGCGGAGGUCAGUCUGGUUUUGGAGGCCUUGGACAGCAGAAGUCCGCAUUUGGCGGUGCAUCAAAUACGACCUCAACUGGCCCGGGCCUGAAAGCUGAGCCAAGCUUUGGAUCCACAGUCACAGUAGGGUCGAACAAUGGCUCUACACUACCUUCCUGGGGUAACACACCAGCGCAACAUUCGAGCUCAGGCUUUGGCUUUGGCCAGAAGACUACGAACUCUUCGUUCGCUACUGCCUCGUCAUUCGCCUCGACAGACGGCGGCGCCGACACGCAGCAGCGCAAGCGCGACGAGGCCACACCCACACCUCAGCCAGCUUCGGGUCUCCACGGUCUUGCAGGUGGCUUCAAGCUCGGAACCACGUUCAAGAGUGACGGAACAGCAAAGGAUGAUCCUGCAAAGCCUGCAGCUCCUGCUUCUGGUGGUUUCUUCGGAAGCGACUUCUCUUCGAUGGUUCCCAAGGCAGGCCUCCAACCUCCGAAAACUCCGGGAGACAAUGGUUCGACUACACCACUCUCGCCACCAAAGAAGACCUCAUACUUUCCAGAUACUACACCACAGGCGCCACCGCCGACAAAGAGGGAGUCCCAGGAGGAUGCGCCGCUGCCACCGGACUUUACGACAAUGAAGAAGAAGUCUGAGCCUGUAGAUGAUCCACUUCCGCCAGACUUCAUCACCUCAAAGCCCAAGUCCCAGCCCGUGGACGAUCCUCUACCACCAGACUUUAUUCCGAAGAAGCCAUCGAAGUCUGCUGAUGACGAUCUGCCUCCUCUUGCUGGCAGCCCCGGUGUCAAGGUCGAGGUUCCAAGCUCCUCGCCGGAAGCAACGCCUCUGGACGAUGAUGAUGAUGAUGAUGAUAAUGAUGAUGAUGACGAAGAAUUCUCUGAUGAGGAAGAAGGCGAAGAGGGAGAUGAGGACGAGAACGAAGAUGAGGAUGGAGAGGAGGAAGAUGAAGAUGACGAAGAGGAGGCGGAGGAGGAGGAGGAGGAGGAGGAAGACCAAGACAGGCCUCCACCAACGACGCUCGGCAAGUAUGUCUUGCAGCAACCGGAUCUCGAGAGCAAGCCAAGGCAACAAUUCCCUCCUGCGCCCACGCCUCCAGUCGCCAAGCCAGAGAGCACAUCACAGCCUUCUCUGUUCGGCGCCAAGCCCUCCACUUCGCAACCCUCACUGUUCGGUGUCAAGUCAGGUACCUCACAAUCACUACCAUCUCAAAACAGCUCACAGUCACUCUUUGGCCAGCCGCAGAAGGCACCAUUUUCGCUCGGUCAGCAGCAGCCAAGCACAUCUGCGGCACCAAGCUUCCCGCCCUCACGAGCACAGGCGAACCUUCGUUCACCAAGCCCUGUUCGAUCGUCAUCAGCAUCUAGUCAUCGACCGACAACACGGAGGGAGCCUUCUAUGCCCGGAAGCUCUCUGAGCGCAUCGUUCCAACAGUCGAAACCACCAACACCACAGCCGCAAGUGUCUGACCUCGAGGACCAGGAAGACGAGCGCAUUCGUGCACAGCUGGCGCAGGAGAUCGAGCCUAGUCGAACACUCGAUGACUUCGUCGCACAUCAAAAGUACACAGGCACCUCUGAAAAGACUGGCCACGCCGCUCAGAUCGAGGCAAUCUACAAGGACAUCAAUGGCAUGGUAGAUGCUCUUGGGUGGAACGCUCGCUCCAUCAAGUCCUUCACGCAGUACCACAAGCAGCCUCACUCCAACCACAAGGUUGACCGUCAGACCCUGGAAGACGUCGAAGCCGAUGGUAAAGACGGCUCAUGGUUCGAGCAGUUCGCUCUGAGCGAGAUCUCCGCCCUCCAGGCUCUCGAAGACGAGCUGUCCAAGGAGCUCGACGCCGGUCGCAUCCAAAAUGUCCACGACAAGCUCACCCAGCUUCGACGCCUUAUCCUAGAAAAGGCCAAACUCAUGACCCGCAUCAACGACAUUCGUCGCCAGAUCAUCAAUCGCAAAGAUCCUGAAAAGGUUGAGUCAAGCCGCAAAGCCGCCCUCCCUAAAGAGCUUGCCGACACCCAAAAAGCCCUUCGCGCCGACUACGCCAAACUUCUCACCCUCCUCUCUCAAGCCGAAGAAGCAGCCAUCCUUCUGCGCUCCCGCCUCGCCUCCCACAGUGCGAGUGCAGGCAACACGAGCGCAGUGCCGAGCAUGGACGCCGUGAAGAAGACAAUCAUCAAAAUGACCAGCCUAGCGGAGCGCAGGAAUAACGACAUCGCGCUGCUCGAGAGUCAGAUGCGCAAAUUCGGGCUCCAGGAUCCCAGCCGCCCGACUUCAUCCUCGUCGCAUGCGAACGGGACUACUACGCCCCGCCGCCCGCGAGGUACGGAUCUGAGGAGAAGCAUCGCCGAAACGCCGUUUGUUACGCCGCCUACAAGGGGGAAGAUGAGUCUCACUGAGCUCAAUCGUCGCGCUUUGACGCCUGAGGUUGCCGAGUCGACGCCGAGUAAGGGAUACGGACUCUUCUACGAUGCGCAGGAGAGCGCGGCGGGUAAUGAGCUGGCGAGACUGAGCGAUUUAGUGGAUGACAACAUCGAUGAGUUGCGCCAGACUGCUAGGCGGAGGAGGACUGUUGCAAAUGGGUUGAGGAAGGCGCUUUUGGAGCGUGGUGUCAAGACUACAAUGGUCAACUAGAGAUUGAUCCAUUCACGACAUGGUGCGAUUGUGUAUGCAGAGGCGCAGGAAUUGGAACAUGGAUGGGUGGAUUGAUUGGGCUUGGUACGCGCAGUUGUAGGACUUGAUAUUUGUACAUGACAGAUUGUAAAACGUUUUGCAUAGCGGAA